AUGCCGAAUAUUCAAGAUAUUUAUUUAACAGUUAAAAAACUAUUAUUUUGCUAUUAUACGAACUGGGCGAAAUACAGGCCAGGAGGAUUCGAAUUCAAUGAUAACGAUCUCGCAAACCUCUGUACACAUAUAAUAUACGCAUUUUGCAAAAUUGAUGCAAAUAAUCUCACUCUUGUUUCAAGUGAUCCAAAGUCGGAUUUGCCUGGAGGUAAAUUUGUUGCAUACAUAUUAGGUAAAUAUAACGAUUAUCACCGAAUUACUUCUCUUAAACUUUUGAAUCCUAGUUUGAAAGUCUUGCUUUCUGUUGGAGGGUUUCACAAAAUGUUAAAUGAAUUUGCUUUUGUAUCAAGCAACGAAUCCAAUGCAGAGAAAUUUGCAAAAAAUAUCAAAAUAUUUUUAAAGAAAUAUAAUUUUGACGGAUUUGACAUUAAUUGGGAAUAUCCUUUAGAUAAAAAAGAGGCAUAUACUCGACUGUUAAAAGCCGUGAACAAAGAGUUUCGGAAAGACUUAACAACCUAUAUUUUGACCGCAGCUGUUUCAGUCGGAAUGUAUACGGUUCAAAAAUCCUAUGAGAUAAAAGAAAUUUCAAAGUUAAAUAUUCACAUUUUCACAAUCAGAUACCUUGAUUAUAUCAAUUUGAUGACUUAUCACUUUUACGGAAUUUCGUCAAACACUGUUGGCCAUCUUACUGGUUUAUAUGGAAUAAGUGAUGCUGAUAAAUUAAACAUUGAUUAUGUUAUUAGGUAUUGGUCAAAAAACGGUGCGCCAAUUUCAAAAAUGCUAAUUGGAUCUCCUAGCUACGGACAUGGAUUCAGAACUGCAACAAAAAAUCCAAAACUUGGGGACAAAACCAUCGAAGAAUUUCCCGCAGGACCGAUAACAAAAAAUUCAGGAGUGCUAGCAUACAUUGAGGCCAUCAAUUCUAAGUAAUUUUUAGUAUUGUAAAAACAAUUUUACUGAGAUGUGGGAUGAUAGGCAGAAGACAUCAUAUGGAGUCAAAGAUUACUAUUGGUUUGGAUACGAAAGUACGAGAAGUA